AAAACUACCGAGCGCACUUUUCAGGCCGGACCUCAAGCACUGCAAUGGCAUCAUUUAGGGCGCUACGACGUUGUCGAGGGUAAAAAGUAAGAUGAGUUUUGCAGAUCAAUUCUGCUGAGGGCGAAUGAAUGCCCAACAGUGCUUUCAUGACAGGGCAGCCUACGUGGCUCCAUUUUGGGCAGGGCAUGUUCACCAUGCUCACAGCAACUUUGCAAAUGCUUUCUCACCCCGGCUGCUUGAAAAGCAGUCCUGUUUUUCUAGUUUCCACUAUGACAUGGAACGCAAUUGCACUUGUUGUUUCAUGGGGGUUGGGAGCAUUGUCUCUGGGGAAGUUUCAGGUCGGCACAUUUCAGGUAUCAUCAUCAUCACACAGUGUUUAGUUCUGGGGAGAAAGUUCGCCACUGUCUUACACAGUGGCAUCUGUUGCAGCGUUUGCUGGGUGUUGUGUGGGAUCCUUACCAGUCCUCACCUCGUGAAAUUAGCUGCACAAGCAGAGAACUGGGGUCUUGUUUCGGGAAAGCUCGCUGCAAAGAUCAGAGCAGCUAGCGGAUGCUGUGCUGUGGGCUUGACAGGUACUUCAAUGUCCAAUUUACAUGCUGCUGUCAGCAGUCACCUGCUGUUUGGCAAUUAGACCUCAAUUGCAACUGUGCUCUCGAUAGAACAAGGGCGCUAAACUAUAUUCAGAUUUAGAUUUUGUCCUCUCUGUACUCAAGUAGGACUUGCCUGUGAUCCAAAGAACUGGCAAGAAUGUGGAAUGUAUAUUCUGCACGACUAUAGGGGCUGGUUUAGUUGCUCUGAUAUACCGAUACUUGAUAUACCAAGUCUCACGCUUUAAGGCCAACCUCCUUCUGUAGAUAUAUCCCCCCUUGGGUUUUGAACUGAAAUAAAGGUUGUAGUUG